AUGCCUGAGCACGGCUACAAUGCGGGCGGUUCAGGCUAUGCGAUGAGUCGAGCGGCGAUGAAAAUCUUUGCCGAUGAGCUCUAUCCGUCAAAAGAUCUUUGUCCAUAUCAUGAAUGGGAAGAUUUAGCGAUUGCUAGAUGCCUUGGUUCAAAAGGAAUUCGUCCAACAGAUACCCGGGACUCAAAAGGAAGACAGCGAUUCCUUGCAUGGCGUCCUGAAGAGCAUUUCAAUGGAGAUCUCACAAGGAGUUUCAUCUAUGAUAAAGUUGAACACAAGGGAUUCGAGAUCUAUCACGAGAAUUUGAUCAGUCUUCAUCAUUUACAGCCAGAUGAGAUGAGAUUGAUUCACGGGAUAUUGUACGGAGUCUCUAGCGCAAUCAACAAGCAAGUCGAGACACCAAGCACUCCUUGGAGACAUCAU